AGCCACACUGCCACCGAGGCCGGCCAGGAGGAGCCGCCGGCUGCCCGCGCUGCGGAGACCUGGCGGCCGGGCUGGGUAGCUGGCCCCGCCAGAUCCUGCCCGAGAUCACAUCUGCUUCUCCCUUCUCCUGCCAAUCCCCCGGUGCCAGGAAGCCCUGGAAGAAGAUGCCCAUCCAGAUCUUCUGCUCUGUGUCCUUCUCCUCUGGAGAGGAGGCCCCAGGGCCCUUGGGAGAUGUUUGGGGUCCCCAGCAGCGGCGGCGGCAGCGGGACAACUCAGAAUCAGAAGAGGAGGAGGAAGAGAAGGAAAAGGAGGCAGUGAGGAAGGCGGCUAGAGAGGGGGAUUCACCCGUGGAUUUGGUGGCCUUUGCCAACAGCUGCACCCUGCACGGCGCCAGCCACAUCUUCGUGGAGGGGGGUCCGGGGCCAAGGCAGGCCCUGUGGGCAGUGGCCUUUGUCCUGGCACUGGGCACCUUCUUGUGCCAGGUGGGGGACCGCGUCGCCUAUUACCUCAGCUACCCGCACGUGACUCUGCUGGACGAGGUGGCCACCACGGAGCUGGCCUUCCCGGCCGUCACCCUCUGCAACACUAAUGCCGUGCGCCUGUCCCAGCUCAGCUACCCCGACUUGCUCUACCUGGCCCCCAUGCUGGGGCUAGACGAAAGUGAUGACCCUGGGGUGCCCCUUGCCCCCCCGGGGCCCGAGGCCUUCUCUGGGGAGCCCUUUAAUCUGCUCCGCUUCUACAAUCGCUCCUGCCACCGGCUGGAGGACAUGCUGCUCUAUUGCUCCUACUGUGGGGGGCCCUGUGGCCCUCAUAACUUCUCAGUGGUCUUCACACGGUAUGGCAAGUGCUAUACAUUCAACUCCGGCCGAGAUGGGCGUCCACGGCUGAAGACCAUGAAGGGUGGGACUGGCAAUGGGCUGGAGAUCAUGCUGGACAUCCAGCAGGACGAGUACCUGCCUGUAUGGGGAGAGACUGAUGAGACGUCCUUCGAAGCGGGCAUCAAAGUGCAGAUCCACAGUCAGGAUGAACCUCCCUUCAUCGACCAGCUGGGCUUUGGUGUGGCCCCAGGGUUCCAGACCUUUGUGUCCUGCCAGGAGCAGCGGCUCAUCUACCUGCCCCCGCCCUGGGGCACCUGCAAAGCUGUUACCAUGGACUCGGAUUUCUUCGACUCCUACAGCAUUACUGCCUGCCGCAUUGACUGUGAGACACGCUACCUGGUGGAGAACUGUAACUGUCGCAUGGUGCACAUGCCAGGGGACGCCCCGUACUGCACUCCAGAACAGUACAAGGAGUGUGCGGACCCUGCUUUAGACUUCCUGGUGGAGAAGGACCAGGAGUACUGUGUGUGUGAAAUGCCAUGCAACCUAACCCGCUAUGGCAAGGAGCUGUCCAUGGUCAAGAUCCCCAGCAAAGCAUCAGCCAAGUACCUGGCCAAGAAGUUCAACAAGUCUGAGCAGUACAUAGGGGAGAACAUCCUGGUGCUGGACAUUUUCUUUGAAGUCCUCAACUAUGAGACUAUUGAGCAGAAGAAGGCCUAUGAAAUUGCAGGCCUCCUGGGUGACAUUGGGGGCCAAAUGGGGCUGUUCAUUGGGGCCAGCAUCCUCACGGUUCUGGAGCUCUUCGACUAUGCUUAUGAGGUCAUUAAGCACAAGCUGUGCAGAAGAGGAAAGUGCCAGAAGGAGGCCAAACGGAGCAGCGCUGACAAGGGUGUGGCCCUUAGCCUGGAUGACGUCAAAAGACAUAACCCAUGUGAGAGCCUCCGGGGCCACCCUGCUGGGAUGACGUAUGCUGCCAACAUCCUACCUCACCAUCCGGCCCGAGGCACUUUUGAGGACUUUACCUGCUGAGCCCCGCAGGCCACUGUACCAAAGGCCUAGGUGGGGAGGACUAGGACAGUAAGGGGGCCCUCGGCUGUGCUCCCCCCACAUCUGCCCUGGGGACUCACUUCCCCCUCCCAAGGUAGUUCCCCACUCCUGGGCAGUCCUUUCCUCUUAUCUGUGGUGAGGAAGGAAUCUUGACCAUAGAGCCCUCUCCCUGCCUCUAUCCCAUUCUUUUUAUUUUUACUGAAACUAAUCUAAAACAAAAACAAAAACAAAAACAAAACUAAAAAGAGAGAAUGGGGCAGAUGACCUCAGGCUGCCCCUCUCUGCUCCAUGCUGCCUCCCCCAGCUCCCAGCCUGAAUUCUGUCUGUCUGGCUGUCUGUCAUCUGAGUGUCCACCUACAUUCUGCUGCCACCAGUCACCAAAGCCCCUCCCAGUGGGGGGUGGAGGGGAUCCUUGGGGUCUGGAAUUUGGCCCCAAACCAGAGAAUGUACCUUGAAGGGGAGGGCUAGUGGGGGGGGCUUCCCCAGCCUUAAGAGACCCUCUCAGCCCAGUGACCCCCCCAACCCCAAGUCUCCAGGCAGGAACUAAGACCCUAGUCCCCAUCCCCACCCCCUUACAUGUGAAGUCUCUAGGAACUCCCUAGGGGGGCGGGGGAUCCCCGGAAGAAGUGGAUGAUGGGGAGAAGAUGUGGCCCUGGUGCUGUAGGCCACAUCCUGAUACCUGUAAGUUCACCCCCACCCUGCAACUGCUGGAGAGAAAUCCCAAGAGGUAGCACUCCUCUACCAUCCCAUGAAAGAUCCAGCUGGUUGGCCUCCAGCUCAGGGAGAGGGGCACUGGUGCCUAACCUCACUGGUCCUUCUCCCAGGGGCCCCUGCAGAGGGCCACAUCCAUAAAUUUUCUUAUGGAACUCUCCCAAGUCCUCUUCCCCAACUUCAUUUGCUUCUCUCAACAACCUCAUCUGCAUUUUCUAUUUCUAUAUGAUACAGACUCUAUAUUGCUAUAUCUCUGUAUAUACUUUCCCCUAACUCUGUCUGUCUCUACCCCAUCCCCUCUUGUCUCUAAGAACCAUCCUCCCACCCAAAGUUCCCCUUUCUGUGUUUCUACUCCCUCCCUGGUCUCUGAAUGCCUUCGCCUGUAUAAAGAGUUGGACUCUCCCCUGGUGUCUGUACUGUGUACACACAUCCCUCUGAGAAGCACAAGGAGACGACACGCGCAUUGUAACCUUCGCACUGUCUCGGUGGCGACAUAAAGGAAGCUGUGAAUCACAAGCUCUGCCUCUUUCUGGCCUCACCCUCUCCCCCCAACCCUGGGCACCCUAUGCCCUCCCUGUAGCCUUAACAUUCCCUCCCCUGUUUCAUCAUCCCAAUGCCCUUUGCCUGGCUGACUGUGGCCUCCCCAGGGAAGGGGUAGCUACAGACAGAGCCCCCACCCAGGGAAUGGAGAUCUACUCUGCAUACUAAGCCAAGGGUAUCAGAGACAAGGGGAGCUGUGGAUUGGUGACUCUUGUAGCUAGAGCAGUGGGGAGCUGACAAGCAGAAGUUAAGGUCCUCAGUCAGUGACCUUUCCUUUCUUCUGGGUGCCCAGCCUCCUUUCCUCACCUGAUACCCAAGCCCACCAGUUAUAUUUUCUGGUGAGGUAUGAUUUGGUAAUGGUGGGAAAAAUACAGGCCUAGAGGCGUAGUUGAAAGCUCUGCUGUUCUGUCCCUCCCUUCCUAUUUUAAUGAGAAAUGAAAGAGGUAGAGGGUCUGCCAUGCCCCCUCCCCUAGGCACUCCUCCUAGGCCAGAGCCCUACCCCUUCCCAGGCCUUCUCUGCCCAACUCUUUCUUGGUCUCCAACCCUAGAACAGGACUUUGGCAGGUCACCUGUGCAUUGGCCUGGAGCUGGAGAGUAAGGCUAUGGGAUUUUGGGGAACUCCUGGUUCCUAGAAGUUCCUUGGAGAUCAGACCUCUCCAGAGGGAAGCAGGAGCAAGCCAAUGGGUGUGCACCGGAUGGGGAACAGCAGGCAGGGCUAUGGGUGACGCAUGCCUCUGGUCUAAUAAACUGGGUUUCAACCAUCUCUUCAGUGUCGUUCUUCUCUUAUUUGAAUAGUAUUUAGGCCUUCCCACGAGGAGCCUAGAGCUGAGCUUAGCUUGGGGCCAAACAAUCAGGGAGAAGCAAGGAUUGAGCCUCCUGGGAUGGGGCUGACCGGCCAUCACACCAGGAAUGGUUUCAACCACUGGCCAGGGAAAGAGGGAGAGGUCAAAGGCAGCAAAAGUCCCAAAGAGAAGUCCUAGCACAAAGGAUUCUUCGGAGAGGGUCAGGGUCAAAAUCCAAAAUAAAAUCUGGAAGCAGGUUAGGUUUUAAAGGUCAGGGACAAAGUUGGGUUCAAAUUCUGAUGUGAGGUAGUUAUUAAGGCACUGUAUGUGUGGAAUGAGCCCUGGGCUAUGAGCUAGAAGAUCUGGAUUCUCGGCUUUGGCUUUACUGCUAACUUGUUGGUUGAUCUUUGCCAAGUCAUUCACUGAGAUCAGUUUUCCGGUUUGUAAAAUGGAAUAAACAGUGCAUUCUCCUCUUCAGCCCCCCAGGCUUACAGCAGUAAGAGAAGGAAACGAAAAACAAAGCGCUUUGGGAAGUUAAAUCUCCUGCGCCUGCAUGAAGCAGUUACUCCAUCACCCCCGUCAUCAGAGCGCUGAGGC